AUGCAAAACGGGACGGAGGAGGGCUUGACAGAGCGUGACUUCCACGAACGUGAGAAUGUAGAUGAUAAUCACUCUGAAAACCAUCCUCUGCCAACUGCCCCUAUUCAUGUUCCCGCACCUCUCGAGAAUAAUCUGACUGCUACCGAUAAUGCGAACAUUGACUUACAACCAAAUGGCACGGAAACCCCACCGGCAAAAAGGCGGAAACUUACUGGAUUUGAGAAUGGAAAGCUGCACCGGGCAACCUCGCCACCUUGGAGGAAAGUCGCGGUCGAAGGUCCGUCGACAUUUGUCGAGGGCGGGGUGCGCAAAUCCGCUCGAACGAACUAUGUGCCUGUCGACUUACAGACACACUCGGAAAAAAGAAAGACACGCAGAGCAGCACAUUCAGGGAAACCACCUGUCAUAAAAAGCAAAUAUGGUGGCGCGUCUGUUACACUCACAGACUCUCCUGCGAUGUCUUCUACCACUGAGAACACUAACGAUUGCGGCGGCCAUCAUCGUUCUUCCUCAGCCGGUAAACCUUCAAACAACAUACAUCCUAAAUCCUCCGGUAGAUCCAAGUCUACCCACUCUGACGGAGCCAAAUCAUCGGCAGCCGCUCCUGUGCAUGCGAAUAUGUCAAACCCGAAACAAAUGCCACAGACAUCAUCUUCGACACAGACACAACAGGGUCCACAGCCUCUCGACGCCUACCGCCCACGGAAAGUUGGUCGCCCUCCGCGAUCCAGUCUUCCUGGCUUCCAAAAGAACCAGCCGGGCUCUCAAGAGCGCCAUGAGAAUGAUCUCAGAUUGCACAAAGAACACCAGAAUAAUUCAGCCAUGAACAGUGGUAUGAAGAAGCCUCAACGGCUAAGUUUGAGAUUCAACAUGCCAUCAGCAGGUAUACACCAUCCUGAAAAUAUUGUCAGGAGGAACGAGACAGUAGGCAAGGAUGGACGAAAGUCCAAAUUUUCCUCAUUUUCGGACUGGCUUGACAGAGAGGGAAGAUUAGGUCUCGAAGGCGAUGUUGAUCCACGUAUUACGGAGCAGACUGCCCAGCGUGAAGCCCAUCUUAGACGUCGCAUAUCGGAAGCUGCCAAACCGGGUGGCGUCCUUAGCCAAGAGAGGUGUCUUUACUGGCGGCCUGAAAGAACGGAAGAACCACCUCGCCCGUUUCGGCAGCCGGACCGCUUACACCAAGACCGCUUGCUAGGACAUGUGAUAAACUUUCAGACGCUGUUGGGCAGAGAAAGACUGAAGCAUCUCAAAGCCGCUAGAGAAUGCGCACAAAAUGCCGCUACCUUUGUUCAGGAAAAACGAGAGCGAGACUUCCGGACGUGGAAGAAAGGUCAACCAAAGUCUGCAGAAGAAAUCGAGGAAGAGAAGCGCGAGCUUUGCAAAAGCGUCUACGAGCAACUACAAGAUGAUAUCAAACAGAAGUGGUUGAUGGUCCACGAGAUUGUGGAAGAUCUUCGCAUGCAACGAUGGCAAGCCGAACAGGAUCGGCUGGGUAAAGAGGCUUUGAACGAAGCAAUUGAGAAAUCUAGAGGACUAUUAAGUAGGAGAGCACGGGUACCGUCGUCCCCUGGCAGCGGAGAAGAAGGCGAUAGUCCGGCGACCAGCGCGAAUGAGGCCGACUCGGAGUCGCAAUCCGAAGAAGAUAGUCAAGAUGAGGACAAUAUGUCAUCAAGCAACUCUGAGAGCGAUGAAGGGCAGGAUCCUCUGGAAGACGAUGAGGGCCUUACGUUAGAGGAGCUCCGCCAGAAGUACAGCAAUCGGACGGGCUCAGACAGCAACAUGCCCGAAAAGCCUCCAGAUGAAGAGGCCUUCCCACUUACCGGCGUCAUUGAGCAGACUGAAAACUUUUCGGAGGACAGGGCCAGAAUUCUCGAGCCUACGGUCAAUAUUCGAGCCGAUAAUCCGCGUCCGAGUACGUCUCCUCAGCCAACCUUAGCUCUAGAAAACGUUGAUGACGCUUUGAUGGAUGACAGCAACGCCAGUACGGACAUGUCGGAUGACAUGGGUAGCAGUGAUGGCGAUUCUUCACCCAAUGGACCCGGAAGCGAGCACAGCGAGGAAGACAGCGAUUUGGGGCUUUUAGGAGGGUUCUUCACCAAGACGCAAAGAAAUGUGUUUCGAACAACAUCCGACGUCGACCUUGAAAUGACGAAGGAACAGUCAUCGGAUUUUCAAGCAUCUGACGAUGAGGCGGACAAAGUCUCUUUGGUACCAGACGUUACUCAGGGGCCCACUCCUUCAGCUUCGACAAGCGAGGAACCUCAAUUAGGGGCACAGAGAGACCAGUCUCAAGACCCUGCCGUCGAGCCACCACCGCACACACUCGCUUUGGAGCCAAGCACAGGAAUUGACCUCUCCGUGACGGAGCCUUCUCCAGAGGAUCAAGCGUCAAAUAUUCUGUCCAAUGUCCAUAUGCAGGAUACCGAGAUGCCUGCCACCCCUGUUUCCACCCAAGCCUUAAAGACCCCUGUUCCUUCCCUACUGCGUGGCACGUUGCGAGAAUAUCAACACUAUGGACUUGACUGGCUGGCGGGCUUGUAUGCUAACGGGACAAACGGUAUUCUUGCCGACGAAAUGGGUCUCGGCAAGACUAUCCAAACGAUCGCGCUUCUCGCCCAUCUGGCAGUGCAUCAUGAAGCUUGGGGUCCACAUUUGAUUGUGGUUCCGACCAGCGUCAUGCUAAAUUGGGAGAUGGAAUUCAAAAAGUUCCUGCCCGGCUUCAAGGUCCUGACUUACUAUGGCACCCAAGAGGAGCGAAAAAGGAAGCGGGCUGGCUGGAUGGAUGACAGUAAAUGGAAUGUCUGGAUCACGUCUUACACUCUCAUAACCCAGGAUCAGCAGAUUUUUAAGCGCAAAGCGUGGCACUAUAUGAUACUUGAUGAAGCUCACAACAUCAAGAACUUUCAAUCUCUACGCUGGCAGACCCUGUUGACUUUCAGGACUCGAGCUAGACUCUUACUGACGGGAACGCCCCUGCAGAAUAAUCUAACAGAACUUUGGUCUUUGCUCUACUUCUUGAUGCCUUCAGAAGAGAGCGAGAAGGGUAUCGCUGGGUUCAACAAUCUCGACGAAUUCACCCAAUGGUUCAAAAAGCCAAGUGAACAAAUACUCGAGCAAGGCAAAGAAACGCUCGAUAAUGAGGCACGGGAGGCUGUCCGAAAAUUGCACGACAUUCUUCGGCCAUACCUCCUCCGUCGUUUGAAAGCAGAUGUUGAGCAGCAAAUGCCUGGCAAAUAUGAGCAUGUAAUUUAUUGUAAACUAUCCAAGCGACAGCGGUAUCUAUAUGACGGCUUCAUGUCAAGGGCUCAAACGCGCGAAACUUUAGCUUCAGGCAAUACUUUCUCGGUAAUGAACGCGCUGAUGCAACUUCGAAAGGUUUGCAAUCAUCCAGAUCUAUUCGAAACGAGACAAAUAGUCACCUCCUUCGCUAUGCCGAAGUCAGCCGUUGCAGACUUUGAGAUUAAAGAGCUUCUAGUACGUCGACGCUUGCUGCAGGAAGAGCCAAUGAUGCAGGUUGACCUGUCCUUGGUCAAUUUGCUGCCUGGAUCAAACGGGCCAAUGUCUGCUCUUGAUACUAUCCAGAAACAGCGACUAGGUGCCUUGGGAGCGAUUAGACAGCUGACGAGCCAGCAAUGCGGCCGUGUCAACUGGGACAUGCGAUUUGAUGGUUCCUCGAUUGAUAGCACUCUAGCACACUUUGAGAACAACGCUCGCCGACUCAGAUACGACAAGCUUCAUCAGACCUCCUAUCUGACUAGCCUUCGUAGCCAAAAGCGUCCACUAUACAGCCACGAUCUAAUGGAUCGCCUGAGAUUCGGCAUAAAAACUCUACCUCAUCAGCCUCGGCCAAGAAAGAGGGCCGAAAUGGCAGACUGGUAUACAAGCAUGUCGCCUACGCUACACGACAUAGUCUUGUCCCUCCCUGAAAGGUCCAAUUCAUUCAAGACUACGAUCGAGAAAUUUGGUUGCAUUACCCCGACAGUUGUGGCAACAGACUUGUCAGGUCUAGCGAUGACUUCGCGAGGUACUGCGGUCGUACAAGAAGCGAACAACGUCUGUCAACAGGAUCCUUUCCACGAUGCGCGCGUUCGACUGUCUAUCGCCUUUCCAGAUAAGCGUCUCCUGCAAUAUGAUUGUGGUAAACUCCAGCAGCUCGAUGGCCUGCUCAGGCGGCUACAAUCCGGUGGCCAUCGCGCCUUAAUCUUUACUCAAAUGACUCGAGUUCUUGACAUUCUGGAACAAUUCAUGAACAUUCACGGUCACCGCUACCUUCGUCUGGACGGUGCGACAAAGGUUGAACAGCGCCAAAUGUUGACCGAGCGCUUCAACAAUGACAAUCGCAUUCUAGCCUUCAUUUUGUCCUCUAGAUCCGGUGGAAUAGGUAUAAAUUUAACAGGGGCGGACACAGUGAUCUUCUACGAUCUUGACUGGAAUCCAGCUAUGGAUAAGCAAUGCCAAGAUCGAUGCCACCGAAUUGGUCAGACACGAGAUGUGCAUGUCUACCGCUUGGUUAGCGAGUACACUAUAGAAGCCAAUAUACUACGCAAAGCUAAUCAAAAGCGUAUGCUUGACGACGUCGUUAUCCAAGGAGGCGAGUUUACAACAGACUACUUCAACAACAUGAGCGUCAAAGAUAUUGUUGGCGAUCACGUAGACUUUGGUAGUACCGACGACGUCGCCAACAAAGCUAUGGAUAUGGUGUUGGGUAAGAGGGGUGCGCAAGGUAGAGUCCUAGAGGCAGUCGAGGACCAAGACGACGCAAAAGCCGCCAAAGAGGCCGAGAAAGAAGCUGUUGAAUAUGAUGCGGAGGACUUUGAUGAAAAAGGGGCCAGCAGUGGUGGCGGAGGUGUUGGGACCCCUAAAACACCUGCUGCUCUUGAUACUCCAAGCGAAAACAUUCUGCCUCCACAGCGGAACAUGCAAGGUGAAGUAGAGGUGACAACGACAAUGGAAGCCACCCAGAGCGGGUUGGUCAUGCCGAACGUUACCACUACGCACGAUACUGAAAAGGAUGUCGCAAGUUGCGACGAGUAUAUGAUUCGAUUUUUAGAUCGGGAGCUGCGUAGCAUACCAUUUGAGCCUCCAGCGGACAAGAAGAAAAAGAAAAAAGGUGGAAAGGAGAGUUUAGGUCGCAAGAAGUGA